AUGGCUCUGCGCGAGUCCGCGCAAGUGGUGGGGGCAGCGAGUCCAGAUCUAAGCUUUCCAACAGCAGCAUCCAGCUCAACGGCAUCUCCCAGUUCGCCAUCAGGUGAGGAUGUAGAAUGGGACUUGGACUUCCAUGGUCUUUGGGAAGGUGGUUGGGAGGAGCUGUUGCGAGAAGAUGCAGAUCAGAUUGGUGAAGCCUAUCAAGCGAGUAUCCUUGGUGGCAUCCUGGGUGCCGAGGAGGAAAAGGAAAUCGCAGAUGAGAUUGAGAUGAACGAAGGCUUCAAAGAGUCAACUGGUCAUCGGGAAGUCAGAAAGGACAAGCACAAGAUGAGUGCCAAAGGGCUGAUUAGUAAUUUUGUGCUGACGAUUGUUGGCACCACCACUUUGGGAUUGUCGUCCCAGAUGCCCAAGCUCGGAUGGAUUUUGCCACCCUUGAGCGUUGUGAUGGGUUGUCUUAUCGUGAGCGAGAAUACGAGGCUGGUGACCGCCACCAUGGAGAAACUGCAGAGGGAGCAAGGAAUUUCUAUCCUUGCGUACCCCGACUUUGCCAAAGGCGCCUUUGGAAUCUGGGGGAAACGCAUCUCCUCGGUGACGAGCAUGUUGGCUUUGGUGGGAAUGAUGUGUACUGGUUACGCCUUGGAAACGCACAACUUUAAUUUUCUCUUUCCGAUUACCUGGUCCUGGUUUGGUUGUAAUCUUUGUGGCCACAAAUGGUGGGCGGUGAUCUUGCUGCCUGUGACCUUGGCCUAUGUCUUUGGCAACCCAGGUGCCUUGAUGAAACGUGUGGCUUUUGUUGGGCCUUUUGUUUGCAUCCUCACUGUCGCCUUCGCAUGGAUUGGAGCCGGCAGUUCCAUCAGCGCCAAGGAGGCCAUACCGGAGCCUUGCAGGAGCCAGCAUGUUGUGCUGCCCAGUUUUUCCGAUCUCUUCAGCAUGGGAAUGAUUCUGGAGCUGGCCGUGGUCGGGUCCUAUGGUUUUUGGAACUUUGCCGUGAUCGUAACUGUGCCGACCCUUCGAAAUCAGAUGAAGAACCCAAAAAAGACAGCACCGGCUGCCAUCAUUGCAUACUUUAUUGCCUUAGUGAUGUUUCUGCCCAUCAUGUUCCUGGGAUAUGCCGGCUUCGGCAAUGAGGCCCCGGAGAAUCUGGUGGACAGCAUGCGGGACUCACGGCCCAUGGGCUGGUGGGCCUUAAAUCGCGCCUGGGAGACGGGACGCCUGACGGCGACUGGCGCGUGCUUGGCUCUCAUCGUGACUGUUAAUAUGUUAAUGACAGAGGCCAUCAUUAUCCCUUGUGCUGUGUUGGCCGUGGAAGCCUCCUUUCCAGGGGUCUUCCGACGAGGGCCGCGCUGGGCGCGGAAGGUCAUGAGACUUGGCAUCGCCUUCUUUCGGCUGGUUGUGGCUACGCAGAUUGAAUCUUUUGUUGCCAUGAGCGCUCUGGUGACCGCUCUCUUUUGCAUAUGCAACAACAUCAUCUUUCCCAUUGUGGCCUUCCACUACUGCAAGGUGAAGAAGGUUGGCCCGGUGCGGAAAACAAUACACGUGCUGGUCCUACUGUAUGGAGUGUUCAUCAUGAUCUUCGGAUCGAUAGCGGCCAUUCAGUCUCUGUCCCCGGCAGAUGAGAAGCCAGGCACAAGGUUGAGAAGUGAUCUGACGCCGCAGUGCCGUAGUGCCUUUGAUGCCUUGAACAUCACCGUUCGAUGA